AUUUGACAGCAGGGCCGUAACCGGAACUAUUUUCACGUUGGCGGGUGCGGCCAUCUUGUAUUUUGAACGAUCUGUGGGAACCGAAGAUAGCGACUUCAAUCCAUUAGAAUCGUCGGUGAAAAUUUACCAUCCGCUAUGGCAGAUAGAGAAGAUCAAGUUUACCAAGCCAAACUGGCUGAACAAGCUGAAAGAUAUGACGAGAUGGUUGAACAUAUGACAAAAGUUGCAAAACUUGAUGUGGAAUUGACUGUAGAAGAAAGAAAUCUUUUAUCCGUUGCUUUCAAAAAUGUCAUAGGUGCACGUCGAGCAUCGUGGAGAAUAAUUAGUAGUAUUGAAACGAAAGAAGAAAAUAAACCUGGUAAUGAGAAGAUUGAAAUGAUUCGUAGCUACAGAGUACAGGUUGAACAAGAGUUGGGUGAAAUUUGCAACGAUAUUUUAGACUUACUGGAUAAAAAUUUGAUACCCUCAUCAACAACAGGAGAGUCCAAAGUCUUCUAUUACAAAAUGAAAGGAGACUAUCACCGAUAUUUGGCAGAGUUUUCUACUGGCAAUGACAGAAAAGAAGCUGCAGAAAACAGUCUGGUUGCUUACAAGGCGGCUAGUGACAUUGGCUUGAAGGAGUUAGCGUCUACAAAUCCUAUACGCCUUGGUUUAGCACUCAACUUCUCUGUCUUCUACUACGAGAUCUUGAAUUCACCCGACAGAGCAUGUCGUCUAGCAAAGGCUGCGUUUGAUGAUGCUAUUGCUGAGCUCGACACACUUAAUGAAGAUAGUUAUAAAGAUUCUACACUAAUCAUGCAGUUAUUAAGGGAUAACUUGACGCUUUGGACGUCAGACAUGCAGGCAGACGAGGAACAGCAACAGCAACAACAGAAAACGGGUGAACUUGAAGAUUGUGAACAAGAUGAAGUACCUUAAAUUUGUAAUUUGUUAUUGCGUAUAAUCUUUGGGUAUUCAUUGGUCACUUUCCAUUUAUGACUGAUGAUAACAUUCCCUAUAGUUCAUAUAGGAGAAUUGUCAAUGCCAUGUAGUUCCUGUAGAAAAAAAUGAACAUAGAAUACUUUUUUUUUCUUAAUGUCUCCUGGUAUUGUGUGCUUCUUCAUGUGCUGUUAUUCCUACAAACUAGUAAUAAUUACACCACAUAAUCCAGAUUUUCAUUGCAAAGUACAUGAUGGCACGCUCUCGCCAUAUAAAAGAAGAUUUAAAAUAAGAAAAAAAAAGCAGGCUGUUUUUUGAAAUUUUUUUGUGACCAAAAAUUUAUUUUGUGUUCAUAUCUGUAACAUGUUGGAAUUAUAAUUUUUUUUUUGUAAUAAUUUGUGACAGGCAUGUUGGUUGUUUGUUUUUAUAGCUGGCUGACAUUCCUGUUACCUCAAGAAGGGAUAGAAGUGUCUACUUUAUUUGGUUCUUGCCUUUUUCUUCAAUUUGCUUGUACAGUCUUUCACCACCCCACUCCCCCUCAGUAGUUAAGUAUAUAUAAGAAUGUGAAAUCCCAAAGUUUGCUGGAUCUUUAAAAUGGAUGUUUUUUGUGGCCCCUGUAGAGCUUAGACUGAUUUCUAAUGAUUCUAUAUUAUCAUUUGUGUCAUUGUACUUAAAUGGAACAAACUUUCUAUAUAUAUAUAUAUAAAUAUAUAUACACCAACAUCAUAAUGUGCUCAUUGUUUAACCUAUAUUUUGGAGCGUAGUUACUGCUUUUAUUGGCUACCAAUCUAGUUGAAACAAAUACCCUUUAUAUACUGGCUGUAUAACUCGCUCUUGUUGAUCUUGUAAUAAAUUUUGUUUUUAAAUUUGUUUUAUGUUUUUGUUUUCUGCCCUCGUGUUCAGUGUUUUUGUUGCUGAGUGUCGAUCACCCUUUCUAACUAGGUAUAUACAGUGACACACCGCUAGUCUUGUGCAUUGCUUCUAUCUCAACUAAUGCUUCCUUGUCCUAGUAAUGCUUGUCAAUGUAUACGUUAUGUGCAUACAAAAUAUUGUAAGAACUGAAUUCACAUUUCAGUUUCUAUGAAUAAUUAUUAAAAUAUGUCUUUAUGUUGGAAA